AUGGAGCCGCAGGUGAACCUCCGCGUCACCUGCCGUGGGGAGACCCAAAGUUUCCUGGUGUCAGACUCGGCGCACACGACGUGGGCGGACGUGGAGGCCAUGGUUAAAGUUUCAUUUGACCUGGACAACAUUCAGAUCAAAUACAUUGAUGAGGAUAAUGAUGAGGUCUCUGUGAAUAGCAAAGAGGAAUAUGAAGAAGCUCUGAAGAUUGCAGUUAAACAAGGAAAUGAACUUCAGAUGAAUGUGUAUGAAGAAAACUCUUUUCUGAAAGAAACUUCAUAUUCUUGUUCUUUGCAACCACAUGAAAAACCUGUGACAGAAAAGUUGGCACUUCAUAAAGAUGAGAAGAAACCUGUUUUGUGCUAUUCCAUGCUAGCUCAGGGGUUAGAGGAAGACUUGAAAAAUGAAAAGGAGCUGACAAUGCAGAAAAAGUUAAAUCACAGUAGAACAGGAAGAACAAAUGAAAAUCCUCCGGAAUGGUUUACUAGCUACUUGGAAACAUUCAGGGAACAAGUAGUGAAGGAAACUGUUGAGAAACUGGAGCAGAAGCUGUGCGAGAAGCUUGCUUGUCACAAUCAGCCUCCAGAUUUUUUUGAGAGCUCUAUUACAGCAGCACCUACAAAUUCAGAGAGCCAAUUGGGGAAUGGCAACCAGUGUGACUGGCUGAUCUCCUGCUGCAACUGCCAGGCCCGAAUUGUUGGAGUUCGCUACCAGUGCAGCCUUUGUCCAGCCUACAGUAUCUGUGAGCAGUGUGAGGCAGGAACAUAUGCGCAUGAUCCUAAUCACAUCUUGUUAAAGCUACGAAGACCUGUGCUAUGUAUUGCAGAGAAUUACAGCUUUGCAGAGUUUUCACCUCUCCUGCCUGCUACUCUGGAGCAAGUUAGGCUCCAGAAACAGAUGGACAAAAGAUUUCUGAAGGCAGAAAAGCAAAGAUUACGAGCAGAGAAGAAGCAGCGGAAGGCAGAGGUCCGAGAGCUCAAAAAGCAGCUAAAAUUGCACAGGAAAAUUCAUCUGUGGAACUCUGUCCAUGUAUUGGAAACUAGUGGCUCACCUACUCUGAAAUCUGAGAAUCUCCAACCUAAUACCUUCCUGAGUCCUAGUCAACCCUUCGAAGCAAUUGUCCCAACACUAAGUGCAGCAUUUGUGGAUGAGAAUUUGCCAGAUGGGACUCACUUGCAACCAGGAACAAAGUUUAUCAAACACUGGCGAAUGAAAAAUACUGGCAAUGUGGAAUGGAGCUCAGACACAAAGCUGAAACUUAUGUGGGGAAAUCUGACCUUGGCAUCUUCUGAAAAAAAAGAUGUGUUAGUGCCGUCCCUUCCAUCAGGACAUGUAGGAACUGUUUCAGUUGAGUUUGUAGCUCCUAAUAUAGAAGGAACUUACACAUCUCACUGGAGACUGUCGCACAGAGGGGAACAGUUUGGGCCCAGAAUCUGGUGCAGUAUUGUUGUGGAUCCUUCUCCAGCAACUGACUAUCCAGAAAGCAAUUGGAAGGAUUCUGACUCCUGUCAGAAGGGUGAAGCUUCCAGCACCAAACAGGAUGCUUCCUUAAAGACAGAAGCAGAUGCUCAACUGAUGGGUGAAAUCAUGGAGCAGGCUGAAAUACCUGUGCCUUUAAAGAUCAAAAAUCUGCCAAGUGAGAGAGAAUUUUACAUCCCGUCUGUUGAUCUCCUCACUGCACAGGAUUUGCUGUCGUUUGAGCUGUUGGACAUUAAUAUUGUGCAGGAGUUGGAGCGAGUGCCACACAAUACUCCUGUUGACAUGACUCCAUGCAUGUCCCCUUUGCCACAUGAUAGCCCCUUGCUGGAGAAACCUGGUUUAGGUCAGAUAGAGGAGGAGAACGAGGGGAGUGGAUUUAAACCAGUGCCUGGAAUGACGGAAGCCUGCUUUCCUGCAGAUACUUGCAUAGUGAAAGUGAAGACUGAACAUCCGUUGAACCAGGAGGAAGGGGAGGAAGAUAUGAGUGGGACUCAGUUUGUCUGUGAAACUGUGAUUCGCUCUCUAACGCUGGAUGCUGCACCUGACCAUAAGCCCCCCCAAAAAAAGAAAGUCCUACAGAAUUCUUUACAAACAUUGCAAGAUGCCUUCAGUUGCAAUAUGCUAAAUGAAGAGUCUCCUAGGAUAAGAACUAGUUCUGCUUCCAAAAAGGAAGCAAAGAUUCAUCAGACAGAGGCAGUGACAGAAAAUGACUGUGGGGACCUUCCACUGUCUGAUGAGAGAGCAAGCCCCUGUAGUAAUACUGGCAAUUCUGAUGCGGAGGAAGAUGGUGAUAAAGAUGAUGUUCAAAGUCAAGGCUCCUCUGCUUCGUCGGAGGAUUAUAUCAUUAUUCUCCCUGAGUGCUUUGACACCAGUCGUCCUUUAGGGGAGUCUCUGUAUAGUUCAGCUCUUUCUCAGCCGAGUUUGGAAAAGACAGGAGAACCUCAAACAGAAGCAGAGAAUCCGGAAGGGGGAAGCCAGUCACAGAUUGACAGUGUCACUCAUAUUCUGACAACUUCAAAAACGCUGGCUGUAGUACCACUAACCCCAGAGAUUGAGGACACCUUACCCAAGACAGAAAGGAAUCUUGCAUCUCUUCAGAAUUGUAUCUUCCAAGAACCAACUGUAUCUGCUUCAGAGAAUCUCUCUUCUGUUCCUCAUAAUCAAAUAAGAGAAGAACCCAGUGGCGAAGACAGUCAUGGACCAGGAUCUUCUGGAUUUCUAACUAGUAAACAGAAGUGCUCAGAAUACCCAAGAUACCCUCAAGGAAGCAGCAUUGCAGGAGAACUAGUUAAAGGAGCUCUGUCAGUUGCUGCUUCUGCUUACAAAGCAUUAUUUGCUGGACCACCCAUUAUAGAACAGCAGCCUGCAGCUACAGAAGAGCACACUGCCACUCUUUUAUCCAGUCUGUGUGAGAUGGGAUUCUGUGACAGGCAGUUAAACCUGCGACUGCUGAAGAAACACAACAAUAAUAUGGUUCAAGUGGUAACUGAAUUGCUUCAGAUCAAUAACAGUGACUGGUACAGCAGUAGAUGCUGA